CAGCGCUUCCGACGGUUGGAGAGGCGCAGUUUUCACCGGUUGUAAUUUCCGACGCGGUUAUUUCCACCACUUGGAGUGCUGUUUGGGACCAAAACCUUGAACUCCUGCACUUUGGUUACUCCAGUGGAUGUAUCAUGUUUUCAGCUUCGAGCCGCUCUCAUGUGACUCCACGGUCUCUCGUUAGCUCUGCUAGCAGCUAAUGAGAACAGUCGGUGGCUGUAGCUUGGCCACGGUAUGCCUCGGAAAAAGAAAAACGGCCAGAGCCCAGCCAGGAAACCCAAUGGGCCACCCGAGGGAGGACGACCCGCGGGUUACCCACCACCUCAGAGAUAUCACAGCAGCGCCGAAAAGGAGAAAAUCCUUAAAAGAAUGCAGGAGAUGUUUUCACAUCUGGACCCAGAGGUCAUCCACAUCGUGCUCUCUGAGUGCGACUUUAAAGUUGAAAAUGCAAUGGACUCUCUGCUGGAGCUCUCUGAUGCAGCUGAAGUCAUGGCCCCACACCCUCCUCCUGUUUCUGGCUUCGAGCGCACUGCUGCAGUCUUGCUCGACCCGCAUCACUUUUUCGAACCGAAUCCAGGUGGACUACCCUUCAGGACGGCGCAUCACCACUCCUCUCCUCUGUCUACGAACCUGCUGACAGACGACCUGGACCUUCUCAUCGAUCGAGAGUUGGAGACGCUAACCGAGCAGCAAGAUGGGAAAGAUGAGUCGCCUAGCAGCGUGGCAUCAUCUCAUCCUUUGUUCCCUCCUCCACCUGUUUCUCAGCAGGCUCUCCCAGAACUGCUUCAGGGCAGCAGGGAAGCUGCAUCCAAGGAGCGCAUUACGCCCCAACCGUCCCUGCCAGGUGGCUUGGUGGAGGAUCUGUCUGGAGCUUCCUCUCCCCUGAACCAGCUCAACACAUGGGAAGAUGAAGUCCUAGAGGCACGGAAAGAUAUGCUGGAUUUUACACACCUGACAUCAGAAAGUUCCACAGACAAGUGUAAACCUCCUUUGGACCUAGCAGCUUCAGGGCGUCCCUCUGCUUUUCAGGUGUACAAAAAGCAGGAGCCACCAAAGACUACUCCAGAAUGGACUGCACCCACGUAUUCUGAUUCAUUAAUCACCGGAGCAAGAUCCAAAGCGAGCUUAUUAAACAGCAACCCACACGGCUAUGUGCCACCACCCUGGAACUUGGCUGCACCAGUGUUUUGUCCCCAGGUCCAGGGAAACCAGAGGCCAACCUUCAUCACCCCGGUUGCUCAGGCACCCUUCUGUUGGCUCAGCCCUUCCAGACAUGCCUCCCCCUGGCUGAACCAGUCCCCCAUUAGUCAAGCACCUCUCAGACCUUCUACUGCUGUGCCCAAGUCUUGGGCCCCGUCAGCUGCCCCGCAGAGUCCUGCCCUCUACAGCAGGCUGAAACUGCAAGGAAAGGUGCUUGUGCUGCUUCGUGGUGCUCCAGGUUCUGGCAAGUCAACCCUUGCAAGAGCUUUGUUGGAGCACAACCCAGGUGGAGCCGUGCUGAGCACUGAUGACUAUUUCAGCUGCGGUGGAGGGUACCAGUUUGACCCCACGGCCCUGGGGGAAGCCCACGAGUGGAACCAUAAACGAGCCAGGGAGGCUUUCGAGAGGGGCAUCAACCCUAUCAUCAUCGAUAACACCAACAUGCAGGGAUGGGAGAUGAAACCCUACGUGGUUCAGGCGCUGAAACAUGGAUAUAAGGUGCUGUUCAAAGAACCAGAUACUUGGUGGAAGACCAAGGCCAGAGAACUGGAGAGGCGUUCCGCACACAAGGUACCUGUUGAGACAAUUCGUCGCAUGCUGAAUGGAUACGAGCGCUUUGUCACAGUUCAGUCUGUCAUGGGCUCACACAUGCCUGAGUUUAAACAGGAGAACUGCCACUCACCGCCAAUCUCUGCAGACACACCUUGUCCAGACCUCGUAGAUCAGCCUAGACUGAAUGAGGGAUAUAAACGUUUCCACCCUCAGCUAUAUUCCUCUCUCCCCGACGUGUCAUCCAUCAGUGGCUCCGAAGAGGUGGGAAUGCACGACGACGCUUCUUGUGAAUCCACCGAGUCGCUCGAUCUCCAGUCGUUUGGAAAACAAACCAGCAAGCCAGACACUUUGGAUGGGGAUGAUGAUUUCUAUUCGAGUGACAUGGAUUCUGAGCUGAACACCCUGUUAGAGCAGAACCGUCCUAAAGGGGAUGGGAGGAUUCCAGAUUGUAUUGUGGAGUCGGUUAUAAAUGAAGACCACUAUGGAGAUGAGGUUCCUGUGGCUUUCUGUGAAUCUAUUGCACAAAGAGUAAAGAGAGAAAGAUCAAGCAGAUCUGGUUUUGACCAGGCAGAAGCUGCAGACCUGGUUAAAGAUACUAACCCAUCAAACAAGGAGGCCUUAAAGGACAAGCUACCAGAAGAAGAUACCACCAGGAAUGGGGAAGAGAAGGAGAACUCUGAGAUGCUUGAAUUUGUUGGAGACUGGCCCUCCGAAGGGUCUCUUCAGCAGCGACUGGUGAAGAGAGGAGAGAGGCAUAGAGGGAUGGAAGAAAAGGAAAUAGUUGAUGAUGAAAAAACAAAGGUCAAACCAUCAGGUCCUGAUAUAACGGAGUUUCAGAAGCUUCUUGAUCUCAUUCAGACUGGCGUGGUCACAGAUCAGAUGAGCUCAUCAUGCUCGCUCUCUCUCAGCUCGGAUGAAGAAUUUGACAAAGAAGAUGAGGCCGGCGGCAUGGCGGAAGAAGUUCACGAAAGCAGCAGCGAAGAGAAGCAGCAAAACACGAGCAAAGCUGACUUACCCGACUGUGUCCAGGAAUGGAAGGUAAACAAGUCACAAACCAGCGCAGAUGGUUGUGAAGCAGUCGAGAGGGAAAGCAGAGCGAGAACUAACCCUGAAAGGGACACUAAUGUUUCAGAAACUGGCAAAGAGCUGAUGAAAUCAACAGAUGAAUGCAGCGAUAAGGUUGAUCUAAAGGAAACUCACAGACCCGUAGGAGCUGAGUGGAAUACGAAACAGGUCAAUGAGAGCCCUGAUAGUUCGGCGCUUGAGUUAUUUGCGGAAAUGGAGAGUUGUUGGAGCAGUCAGGAGAAAAAGCAGCAAUACGGUCGGAGAUCUGGGAAGCAGUGCAAGCUGGCCCUCACCUUCUCUCACAAUUCUUCCAUGAACAAUUCAGACUGUCCAAAGACUACAGCUGAAAACAUGGACAACAACAAAAGCACAAACUCUGAUGUCAAACCCACCAGUUCUGAUCCAAAACCAGAUUUGGGCCUGCUUUUCCAGUCCCAUCCAGAGCUGCCAGCCUCUCUCGCUUUGGUAGAAACGGGUUGCUUCACUCAAGCAGAACCUCGAGACUUUGCUCUUCUCUGGCGUCUAAACUGUAUCAACGGCUCCAGUGGUGCGCCUGUCACUGCCAGUGGGCACGCCAGUGGGCACGCCAGUGGGCACGCCAGUGACAUCCAGGUCUUGGAAGCAAACUCUUCUCAUUUUAUGCCAGAGCUAUCUUCUGCAGCAGCUGAUGUUUACUCAUCCAGCCACAUGGACGUACCCUACCGGGUGGUGCACGAGAAGGGGACUCAGGUGGAGGAGAAAGAGCUCGGGGUGACUCAGGACCGGCUGCAGAGCUUGCGCAUUCUCAGUCGACAUUUUAAACUCGUUAGUUUCGAUACGUUAGAGGAUCUGUACGAUAAGUGCGGUAAGGACUUGGAAUGGACCACCAACCUCCUGCUGGACUCUGGAGAGAGGUUUUUUAGGGACGAAGAUUGUGAGGAGGUUCACAUUCAGUCAUCCAACAAUACUGAAGCUUCGUGUGAGGUUUCAAAUACUGGUAAUUGUCUUGAACCAGUUAACGACUAUGAGUCAAAAGGAGACCAAACCAGGGUUGAAGAAGAAGCCCAGGAGUCAACUGGUGGGACAAGAAACGAGACAAAUGAAGGCUGCGACGUGCCGUUUGGAGGCGAAUCCAUUCCACUUACAGCCAAGGAGCAACCAGAUCCAGCUUCUGAUUUAGAACAGCUUCCUCAGACAGAACCUUGCCCCCCUGAAGCAGCAGACAAAGUAGAGCGCAGCUCCAACACCAGCCACUUGGUUGCAGAAGCUGAUUUCGAAGACGGAGCUUGGGGCAGGAGCGAAGAUGACGAGGAAGCUAUUUUAGAAUUCGAAAAUGAAGCUGUCGACGAUAUUGCGAGCAUGGACGAGAUCAAUCGGCUUCUGCAGGCUGAGCUGGAAGAGAUGGAAAGAGAAGAAAGUCAGAGGAAAGCAGAGAGACGAAGCCAACACCUGGACAUUCAAACCGUGGAGCUAAAACUACCCACGGAGUUGGCUCUACAGUUAACAGAGCUGUUUGGUCCUGUCGGAGUAGACCCAGGCUCGUGUUCACCAGAUGAAUUUGCUGUACAGAUGGACCUGAAUCUGGCUAAACUUCUCCACCAAAAGUGGAAAGAAGCUAUCCAGGAAAGGCAAAGACAAGCAGCUCUAUCUUUCCACCUGCUCGAGGAAGGAUGCAGGGGGGAUCCCCAGGUGACCAAACACGGUUCACGAAAGCGGUCACAGCCAGGAAGUCUUCUGACAAGCAAAGACGGCGACAUGUCACUGGCCAGGCAGCCAGACGAAAGCGCUCAGAUCCCAUUUAUGGAUCACUGGAAUGUGUCCCGUCCACAUGUCUCUCUUAGAGAGAUCAUAAAAGAGGAGCAAGCUCUACAGGAGAACAUGCAGAAGACCAGACAGAGCCGUGUAGACCUCCACAGCCGGGAUGGCGCUACGAUGUUAAAGGAGAAGCAACUUUACGCACUUUUUCCCACCAUUGACAAGCAUUUUCUGCAGGAUAUCUUCAGAGAUCACAAUUACAGCCUGACCCAGACCGAGCUGUUUCUACGCUCUCUUCUGAACGAGGAGGAACCUGUGAAGACGGUUGUUGCACCAGAAGCUCCUCGGUCGGACCAGCACAGAGCAGCCAGCAAAGAAAGGGAAAAGAAACAGAAGCCACUGGACUCUGCUGUACCCAACUACCAGGACACCGAGGAGCCAGAGUAUGACGACUUCAGGGCUGAGGCCAAUCUUCAGAGGAAACGACAGCUUGAGAGCUUUGCGAAGGCUGCAGAGGCUUUCAGGCAGGGUCGCAAAGAAGUCGCUUCGUUUUAUGCACAGCAGGGAAGGUUGCACGGCCAGCGGAUGCGUGAGGCCAAUCACAGAGCAGCGGUGCAGAUAUUUGAAAGAGUCAACUCAUCGUUGCUGCCCAGAAACAUCCUGGACCUCCAUGGGCUGCAUGUGAAUGAGGCCUUAGAGCAUCUGGCUCAGGUCCUGGAGGAAAAAACUGCAGACUGCGAGCAGGGUCUGUGUCAACCUCAGCUCUCUGUCAUCACAGGAAGAGGGAACCACAGCCAGGGGGGAGUGGCCCGCAUCCGGCCCGCUGUCAUAGACUACCUCACCAACAAGCACUAUAGGUUCUCGGAGCCAAAGCCGGGCCUCGUGUUGGUCUCUUUGAAGUGAAAAGACCCGUUUCUGCUGCUGUGAACCAGAACUCUCUUCAUAUCUUGCUCUCGUUUUUCACUACAACAGUUUGUAUGGCGUGUAAAAACUCAGUCAGUGAUGGUAUUCUUUUCAUACAAAUACCCCUUUUCAUCAGUCCUGCAGCUUGUAUUGAAAGCUUGUAUAAAUACUGAAAAUAAUUUAAAUUUUUGUCACUUUAUGGGAAGGGACUGCAUUGGUAUUAAACCCAAAUACAUUAUUUUCUGCCUGUAAAACGGUUGAAAGCAUGUACAUUUUAUCUUUAUAUUUCUUUUAUGGUGUAAUUUUACCUGCUAUAUGUUUUCGAUAAUCACAUUUUGAAGUUUGCAGACUCCAGGGAGUCAUUUUUAAGCUCGUCUUUUUCACCAAGUCAGUGGCUUUGAAAGAAGAUAGAGAUUUUCUCUUGCUUAUAGUUUUACAGUCACCAUGAGCUGUGUGUUAGACCUCAAACGAUCAGAGGGCAUCAGAAAGGUGACCCGCCAUUAUUAAACAGAUUGAGCAAUCUCUGCCGCGGCUUCUGAAGCAGCUGCCCUGCCUCAGGCUCAGCACCUGUCUCCUGAACAAAACAGUUUUUCUAACGUCGUAUUUUUGAGAAAGGUUAGAUGCUAAUACUCCUCAAACUCAGGUAACCCGGUGUGUUGAUCGUUUCCAGCUCGCUCCUGGUAGCUUUUUAAAAUGCCUUUUGCCAAAUGUAGCGGCUAGCUGUCUUCCAAAGGAUGCAACCUUAGUUUUAUAGGGUUAAGUUGCCACCUUGUUUUUCUAAAAACAGUUAACUUCAGUGUUUGUAUGUAUUAUUGUAAGAACACAAAUUCUAACGAAUAAUGUAUUUUUUUAGCCAUUUUGUCCAUACGAUUUUACAGAUCAUGGUAUUUGUGAAAUAAAUGUAUUUGUUUACAUUUA